AGCUGACUACCAGAAACCAAUCGGAUGUUGAGGACAGGAUGAACCGUCUCACAGUGUGCGAAGGGCCGCAAGGAGAGAGUUGCUGUGGUUUCGCCAGUGGAGGAUCCAAGAGGGGAGCAAGGGCGGCGACGUUUGGACAAUGCCGAACAAAACGAAAAAAGAAAAGGAUUCGUCUAAAUCUGGCAAAGUCGGCAAGAGUGGAGGAGGGCAGGAGAAUUCACAACAUGAGCAGGGCUCCAACAGGAAGACCGGCAACAGCGUGCCGCCGACCACCCAGUUGCUCAAGGGCAAGCAGCCGGGCUCGCAGACUCCCAUCAAGAAGGAUAAGCGGCAGAGUUCUUCUCGCUUUAGCUUGAGCAACAACCGGGAGCUGCAGAAGUUGUCCGCAUUCAAAGACGUUCCACCGACUGAGCAGGAGAAGCUUUUCAUUCAGAAGCUGCGGCAGUGCUGCGUCCUCUUCGACUUCAUCUCCGACCCGCUGAGUGACCUCAAAUGGAAGGAGGUGAAGCGGGCGGCGCUGAGCGAAAUGGUGGAGUACAUCACGCACAACCGCAACGUCAUCACCGAGCCCAUCUACCCCGAAGUGGUCCAUGUGUUUGCCGUGAAUAUGUUCCGAACGUUACCGCCGUCCUCCAACCCGACGGGUGCCGAGUUCGACCCCGAGGAAGACGAGCCCACGCUCGAGGCCGCGUGGCCCCAUCUUCAGCUUGUCUACGAAUUCUUUCUACGCUUCUUAGAGUCGACCGACUUUCAACCGAACAUAGCCAAAAAGUAUAUUGACCAGAAGUUUGUAAUGCAGCUCCUCGAAUUGUUUGACAGCGAAGACCCUCGGGAAAGAGAUUUUUUAAAGACCACCCUGCAUCGAAUCUACGGCAAGUUUCUGGGCCUGCGAGCGUAUAUUAGGAAACACAUCAAUAACAUAUUUUAUAGAUUUAUUUAUGAGACUGAACAUCACAAUGGAAUUGCUGAGCUACUGGAAAUAUUAGGCAGUAUAAUCAAUGGAUUCGCGUUACCCCUGAAAGAAGAACACAAGAUCUUCCUCCUGAAAGUUCUGCUGCCGUUGCACAAAGUGAAAUCGUUGAGCGUUUACCACCCGCAGCUGGCCUACUGUGUGGUCCAGUUCCUGGAGAAAGAUAGCACGCUUACAGAGCCGACUGUAAUGGCUCUACUGAAGUACUGGCCAAAGACCCACAGCCCCAAAGAGGUGAUGUUCCUCAACGAGCUGGAGGAGAUCCUCGAUGUCAUCGAGCCGUCGGAGUUUGUCAAAGUCAUGGAGCCGCUCUUCAGGCAGCUGGCCAAAUGCGUGUCCAGCCCGCACUUCCAGGUGGCCGAACGAGCGCUGUACUACUGGAACAACGAGUACAUCAUGAGCCUGAUAAGCGACAACGCCGCCAAGAUCCUGCCCAUUAUGUUUCCCGCGCUCUAUCGCAACUCCAAGACUCACUGGAACAAGACCAUCCACGGGUUGAUUUACAAUGCGCUCAAGCUUUUCAUGGAGAUGAACCAAAAGCUGUUUGACGACUGUACGCAGCAGUUCAGGGCAGAGAAAAGCAAAGAGAAAGCCAAAUGGAAGGAGCGAGAAGAAGCCUGGCUCAAGAUUGAAAAUCUCGCCAAGUCCAACCCGCAGUUUUUGACGUACACGGACCCGGUGAGCUCCGGCGGACCAACGGACAUGGAGACAGACGCGCCGCCGCUCGAUGACGUCGGCCUGCUUAAGAAAACAGUAGCUGAGGAGGCCACACAGUUGCAGAAAGACCACAGACGAGAGCGGCCGCUGAUGCGGAGGAAAUCAGAGCUACCCAAGGACAUCUCCACCGUCACAGCCCUGGAGCUGCACCGGAGAGCCGAAGAGAUGUUGAUCACACACGACGGCCACUAACAGGCCACAAAUCGCCGCCUUCUCUUGGCCCGGUCCAUUACAAUGCAUCUGUUCAGCCCCGACACCCCCCCACUACUCCUUUCACGUUUCAACCCGAAGCUGCAGUGGACAAAGCGGCGCUGGGUAGUCAGUCACCCAUCACCACCUUCCUUUCGUAUUUUCCCUUCCUCUUGGCUAUUAUUUCUGGAGUGCUGCACUGCCCCCUUGUGGUCAUCCCUCUCAGGUGUUCUAUUCUAUCCUCUCUAGAUGUCAGGUGCUUUUUCAUCAAAGACAAAAAAAAAAAUAACAGGAUGUGUCCAUUGUAAUGUAAGAAAAUGUUCAAGUGGAGGGAAGUCAACUUUUCAAAGUAUUGAGAUGGUCCCGCUGACUUAUCUCCCGAGUUCUGCUCUUGAAAACCGAAAACUCUUAUUUUUGUAGGAGAGACAGGUUGUUAAGCUUCAAAUUCCUGAGAGACGCCACUGCAAUGGAACGGCAGAAUCCACCUGAUAGUCUUCAUCGCUUCAUCCCACCCGUGACAACCCCCCGCCCCCUUUGCUCAUAGACCCCUCACCCCCACGCCCCGGGUAGGGACGACACUGCUUCACACAGGAGGUAUGUUUGUCUUCAUUUUUUUUUUUUUUUUUUUUUUUUAGAAGAGCUCAAACGCGCCUUUCUUUUUUCGCAGUGCCUUUUUAAGAAGGGGGAUGUUUGAUCAAGUAGAAAUUUUCAAUGGAAAGUCCUCCAAAAGCACAUGCCUCACUUAAAAGGCCCCUGUCCCAAAAAGUGAGGGGUGGGGGGGUCGAAGGCAGGGGAGCCACUUGAACGAACGAAGCACUUCCUGAUUACACUUGAACGUUGAAAACAAAAAUCUCAUCGGGAGAUUUUCUCAUGCCUCACCCAUCGUCCAUUUGAAUAAACACCUUGGUUUUGUUCCCACCCACCCUGCCCUGGUCUCCCCCCCCCUCCUCCCACCACCAACACCCUUAACCAUUAAGAUGAAUGUGCGAAAUGUAAAUAUGUCGCUCGUCAUCAGUAUUGUCUGGUUGCUGGAUGCUGUCCCCUCUGGAAAAAAAAAUUGCUUUAAUAACGUCUCCUUUUUGGAGUCUCUCCAUGUUCUACAUAAGCUUUUUUUUUUCCCCUCACAGAAUGACGAUUACAAGUGUCUUUUAGGUAUACGUCUCAUACUAAAUGGCUUGUACAUAUGAUGAACUAUUAUUUUAGGUUACAAAUAAAUGUUUAGAGUUCAUAUUUUGUACAAAAUACCCCCUACCCCCACCCAUGUGUACAGAAUACAGAGGAAAUAGUCGGAUUGUGACAAAACAUUUAGAAGCUGUAUAGAUUUUUUUUAACUGUCUAUUUCUCCAACACGUGUUGAAAUGCUCCGUACAUAAGCUUUUUUGUUUGUGUGUGCUUGAAUCCACAUCUCCAGUGAUAUACAUCUGUCUAUAUACAGCAAAUAAAAAGAACAUGUGAGUUUUA